AUGGCGGAUGAAGCAUUAGACAUUACCACCGCCUUCCUCAAUGGGAUCAUUCUGGAGGAGCUGUACAUGUUACAGCCUGAGGGCUUGGAUGAUGGGAGCGGCAGGGUGUGCAGGCUGAAGAAGGCCAUCUAUGGCUUGAAGCAGGCUCCCCGUGCAUGGUACCACAAGCUAGAGGAGACACUGCUGGCUGGGGGGUUCAAGAAGAGUGAGUGUGACCACAGCCUGUUCCUGCUACAAGAGAAGGAGCAGUUUCUCAUGCUCCUGGUGUAUGUGGACGACAUCCUGCUCUUCUCUGAGUCGUCUGCAAUGAUUGAGCGUGUGGAGGAGAUGCUAGAGAUGCAGUUCAAGUGUUCCAAGAUGGGAGAUGUGAAGUACUACGUGGGGAUGCAUGUGGAGAGGGACCUUGAUAAGGGACUGGAAGCGGCCAAGAGGUUGGUCCGCUAUGUGAGCGCUACGGCAUCAAUGGGCUUGAAGUACAGUGCUGUGCGACAGAGGCUGCAGAGGGGUGCAGCUGAUUUGGGCAAGGGGGAGAUGCUCCUGACUUGCUACACCGACGCCAGCUUCAACUCGGUGAAAGCGGAUGGCACCAGCAUCGGGGGCUAUGUGCGCCUGUUUGGAGGUGGUGCAGUGAGCUGGCGCAGCAAGAAGCAGAACAAGGUGGGGCAGUCCUCAUGUGAGACAGAGUACAUGGCCCUGCAUCAUGGGGCAAAGGAGGUGGUUUGGCUGAGGCGUUUGUUGGAGGAGAUCGGAGUGUGCCAGAGGGAGCUGACUGUGAUUUUCUGUGACAAUGAGUCGGCGGUGAAACUAGCAAAGAAUGUUUGUCUUCAUGGGCUGACCAAACACAUCAGGCCCAAGUGGCACUGGGUGAGGAGGCUCCUGGACAAGGAGGUGCGACUGGAGAUUGUGAAGACCCAUCAGCAGGCGGCUGACAUCCUCACCAAGCGCAUGGCUGAAUCUGAGCAUUGGAAGGGCAUGAAACUUGCUGGGAUGAGUGUGCAUUAA